CAUUGCAAUUAUUGUCCGGUCAACCAUAAUUUUAAUGUCGCGACUUGGGAUUUUGUUUUUUUGUUUUUAUUUAUUUAGCUAGGAACUUGAUUAAAAAACUGUUCUUUUCAAAGAAGAUAGAACUAAAGUGGAAAGCAGUAUCCCAGAACUCACGUCCAAAAGAUGACUAACUGAACUUAAGAAAGUCAAACGCGUUGAUUCCUAGCUGAUAAUCCCAUUGCCAAUUCCUUGGCGAUUUCCUCUCUCCUUCUCUUAUAUAUAGAAAAAAUCAAUGUUGUCUAUCAAAGGGUGCGCUUCCUUUGAUCACCCACUUUCUCUUUUCUCCAAAAACCGCGUUUUUUUUGCUUUUAACAGAUUGUAAAAUGCCUCCAACUUCAGCUCUUAGAAUGGAGUUUUUUUGAAGGCUUUUUAAGCUAAGAAAAAGAGUUGAAGAGAAAAAAAGAAAGUAAAGAUUAUGGCAGAGACUAGGUCAUAUGGCCUUACUAAUCAACUGGAUAUUCAGCAGAUACUCAUGGAAGCGCAGCACAGGUGGCUACGACCGGCUGAAAUAUGUGAAAUUCUUAAAAAUUAUAAGAAAUUUCGCAUCACACCAGAACCUCCACAUAUGCCACCAAGUGGUUCACUCUUUCUUUUUGAUCGAAAGGUAUUGAGAUACUUUAGAAAGGAUGGUCAUAACUGGAGGAAGAAGAAGGAUGGGAAAACAGUGAAGGAAGCUCACGAGAGACUCAAGGCUGGAAGCAUUGAUGUUCUGCAUUGCUACUAUGCUCAUGGAGAAGAUAACGAAAAUUUUCAAAGACGCAGUUAUUGGAUGCUUGAAGAGGAUCUCUCACACAUUGUUUUUGUCCACUAUCGAGAAGUAAAGGGAAAUAGGACAUAUUUUAACCACAUCAAAGAGACUGAAGGAACUAUUCCAUAUUCCCCAGAAACUGAAGGAAUUAUACACAAUUCUGAGGUGGAAAGUUCUAUGUCUUCCAGUUUUCAUCCCACUAAUGGUCAAAUUCCUUCACAAACAGUGGAUACAACAAGCAUGAACAGUUUGCAAGCAUCAGAAUAUGAAGAUGCCGAAUCAGUCUAUAAUCAUCAAGCAAGUUCACAGUUUCACUCUUUUCUUGAGUCACAACAGCCUGUUGUGGGGAGGAUUGAUACUGGAUUCUCUGAUCCAUAUGUUCAUGUGUCACAUUCAAAUGAUUAUCAUGGAAAGCCAUCAGGCACUGCUUUUCGACUUACCCAACCAGAUAAGGAUAGCGGGAAUAAUGAUGCUGGAAUAACAUAUGAGCCCCAGCAGAACCAUGAUUUCACUUCAUGGGAGGAUGUGUUGGAAAAUUGUACUCCUGGGGUUGAAUCUGCACAAUAUAAGCCACCAUUUUCCUUAAAACAACAUGAGACCAUGGGGCAGCUAUUUGAAAACAGCUUUCUUAAAAAGGAGUUUGAGAAUCAAUCAGCUGCUCGAGAAGAGUGGCAGGCUUCUGAUGCUGAUUCUUCUCAUUUAGCAAAGUGGGGAUUGGACCAGAAGUUGCAUCAAGACUUGAGAUAUGAUCUUACUUGUAGAUCUCAUGAACAAGAAGUUAAUCACCAUGUGCAUCCAGAAAAGCAACAUGAUCAUUCUAGACAAAAUAAUCAACUGACAGAUCCCUCAAAUGGAAACCAUGGAUAUGUUUCUAAACCAGAUUUAGAGAGCCGUUUGACACUGGAGGGGAAAUCCAUUUACUCUUCUGCUAUGAGACAGCAUUUAUUUGAUGGUUCUUUAGCAGAAGAAGGUCUGAAGAAGCUUGAUAGUUUCAACCGCUGGAUGACUAAAGAACUUGGAGAUGUAGAUGAAUCACACACGAAGUCCAGUUCUGGGGCCUACUGGGAUGAGGUUGAAGGUCAAAAUGGGGUUGAUGUUUCCACUCAGGGGCAAUUGGAUACCUUUAUGCUGGGUCCUUCCCUCUCCCACGAUCAGCUUUAUAGCAUUAUUGAUUUUUCACCCAAUUGGGCAUAUGCAAACUCUGAAAUCAAGGUCCUCAUAAUAGGAAGGUUCUUGAAGAGUGGAGAUGAGGCCAAAAAUUAUAAGUGGUCAUGCAUGUUUGGGGAAGUAGAAGUUCCAGCAGAGGUCAUAGCAGAUGGUGUUCUCCGAUGCCACACUCCAGGACAUGAGGCUGGCAGGGUUCCCUUCUAUGUCACUUGCUCCAACAGAUUAGCUUGUAGUGAAGUCAGAGAGUUUGAAUACCGAGUCAGUCAUAUCCAAGAUAUAGAUGCUGUGGAUCACCCUAGCAGUAAUGCAAUUGAAAUUCUUGAUAUGCGAUUUGGUAGAUUAUUGUGCCUUGCCGCCAGUUCUCCCAAUUCUAACACCUAUAACAUAGCUGAUAUAUCUCACUUCAGCAGUAAAAUCAAUUCAUUGCUGAAGGAGGACGUAGAGGAAUGGAACCAGAUGUUGAGGCUUAACCCAGGGGAAGAUUUUUUCCCAGAAAAAAUUAAGCAGCAGCUGCUUCAGAAGCUACUCAAAGAGAGGUUGCGUGUUUGGCUCUUGCAGAAGAUAGCUGAAGGUGGAAAAGGCCCUAGUAUAUUGGAUGAGGGUGGCCAAGGUGUUUUACAUUUUGCAGCUGCUCUUGGUUAUGAUUGGGCCUUAGAACCCACUAUAGUUGCUGGUGUGAGUGUUAACUUCAGGGAUGUAAAUGGAUGGACUGCACUUCAUUGGGCAGCAUCUUCUGGCAGAGAACGCACAGUUGCUUCCCUUAUUUCAUUGGGUGCAGCUCCUGGAGCAUUGACAGAUCCAACGCCUGAAUAUCUUUUAGGCAGAACACCUGCUGACCUGGCCUCAGCCAAUGGACAUAAAGGAAUUUCUGGUUAUCUUGCAGAAUUUGAUUUGAGUUACCACCUUAUAUCCCUCAAUUUGGAUAAACAAGACAGUAAUGAUACCACAGAUUCUGGAGCAGAUGUGCUACAGAAAAUUUUGGAACAAAACACAGCUCCACUCAGCUAUGGGGAUGCUUCAGAUGGCCCGUCAGUAAAGGACUCAUUAGCUGCUGUUCGUAAUGCCACUCAAGCUGCUGCUCGUAUUCAUCAAGUCUUCAGGGUGCAGUCCUUCCAAAAAAGGCAGUUAAAAGAGUAUGGCGACGAUAAAUUUGGAAUGUCAGAUGAGCAUGCACUUUCACUUAUAGCGGUUAAAUCAAACAAGCCUGGACAACAUGAUGAGCAUGUGCAUGCUGCUGCCAUUCGCAUACAAAAAAAGUUCCGCGGUUGGAAAGGAAGAAAAGAAUUUUUGAUAAUCCGCCAACGCAUUGUCAAGAUUCAGGCUCAUGUAAGAGGCCACCAGGUCAGGAAAAACUAUAGGAAGAUAGUUUGGUCAGUUGGAAUUGUGGAGAAGGUGAUCUUGCGUUGGAGACGGAAACGAAGUGGCUUACGUGGAUUCAAACCGGAAACAGUCACUGAAGGCCCUAGCAUACUUGCAAUCUCAAAGGAAGAUGACUAUGAUUUCCUGAAAAAAGGCCGGAAGCAAACGGAAGAAAGGUUACAGAAGGCACUUGCCAGAGUUAAAUCCAUGGCCCAGAAUCCUGCAGGCAGAGAUCAAUAUAGUAGGAUGAAGAAUGUCGUCACUGAGAUACAAGAGAAGGUCAUGUACGAUAAGCUUCUCAGCCGUGCAGGAGAAACAACGGGUUUGGAUGAAGACUUAAUUGACCUAGAAAAACUGUUAGACGAUGACAAUUCCAUGCACACAGCGCCUUGAGUGAAUGUAAAUCUUGUUUGACUUGUAGCUGGUAUACCAUUAUCUGUUUACCUUAA